AUCCUAGCCAAGCUCCGAAAGACUCCACAGCCUCCCUUUUGUCACCUCAGGUUGCAACUUUUCGCCAUGGGAAGGAGUAAGCAGCCAUCACCUUUCCUUUCCUCUAGCUAGCCGGAUCCCCAUCGUCUCCAUGUUGCAGACAUCACCUUUGACCUUUCUUUUCUUUCCUCUAGCUAGCUCGCCGGAUCGAUCAUGCACGAUGUUAGUAAUAUCUACUUGAACCAACGCCGUUGUUGUUCAGGGCCUGCUCGGUGCUACCGCCAGAUCAAGAACAAGCCGUACCCCAAGUCGCGGUACUGCCGCGGGGUGCCGGACCCCAAGAUCCGCAUCUUCGACGUGGGGCAGAAGAAGCGGGGCGUGGACGAGUUCCCGCUGUGCGUGCACCUGGUGAGCUGGGAGAAGGAGAACGUGACGAGCGAGGCCCUGGAGGCGGCCCGGAUCGCCUGCAACAAGUACAUGGCCAAGCACGCCGGCAAGGACGCCUUCCACCUCCGCGUGCGCGCGCACCCCUACCACGUCCUCCGCAUCAACAAGAUGCUCUCCUGCGCCGGCGCCGACCGGCUGCAGACCGGCAUGCGCGGCGCCUUCGGCAAGCCCACCGGGAUGUGCGCGCGGGUGCACAUCGGCCAGGUGCUGCUCUCGGUGCGCUGCCGCGACGCGCACGCGGCCCACGCGCAAGAGGCGCUGCGCCGGGCCAAGUUCAAGUUCCCCGGACGCCAGAGGGUCAUCGUCAGCGGCAAAUGGGGAUUCACCAAGUUUAAGCGCGAAGAGUAUCUCAAGCUCAAGAGCGAGGGCCGCAUCGUCCCCGAUGGUGUCAACGCCAAGUUGCUGACUUGGCACGGGUCGCUCGAGGGACGCCCGCGAGGAAAAGGUGUCUUUCCACCCUCCGUCGCCGAAUCGGCUUGAAGAUUACAACCUCCCGUUACGUGUCAGCCUUCGUCGGGUCCGGCCUGAAUAUCGAGUCUACCAUGCCAUAUGUUGUGACAGGAGCUGUCAUACGCACGUCCAGCUAGCUUUAUGUAUGCGAGUAAACGGAUAUAAACAUGUGGGGACUAUACUUGCGAUGGUAACAGUAUGAUGUCUAGUGUGUAGCUCGAGUUGGCAGCAUGCUUUAGGAACCUGUUUCGUCGUUAAACACGUUGUGAGCUUGGUUUUAUUCAUAAAUAAAGGUGAUUUGCAUCAGUGCAGUUAUAAGA